UUUCCAUUUGUAAUAACUGUAGCACCUUUCUGUAUUGUCAUAGAUGUUAUUACUGUGUUGUACAAAGUAAAUUCAUGCUUGUUUCUUUCAAUUUCAGUUGAUUUUGGCCUUGCCACAAUAGGGCCCAUCAGUACAAGUAAUGCAGGAACCCGCUGUUGGAUGGCACCUGAAGUCCAUGCAUGUUUUACACGAAGUGUACAUUAUAACUACAAGGUAUAAUUAAUAAAAUAGUUGUCAUUUAGUUCAGUUUUCAUUAAAGUGAUUAAACAAAAUGCACUCUUAAGGCAGGAAUAACAGAUCCAUGCCAAAUGUAAAUUGUAGAGCUUUUUUCUCCCAGUAGAGACUCUUGAAAAUGUAAAAUCAUAAAUGUUUAUAGUUGAAGUCGGCUACUGGAAAUGUUUCAUAGUAAUACAACGUAGCUUGGUUCUAAAGUAUUAGUCAUUUAGCAUCCCAUAUUGACCCUGAGACAGGAUGAGGAGGGAUAGUCAGUAGAAGUACCUUUAUCAUCUCUAACAAUGAUUAUAAUUUGUUUGCUAAAUGGGUGUUGCUUUUUGUUUUUAUUUUCUAGGUGGAUGUGUGGUCUUUAGGAAUCACAGCCAUAGAAAUGGCAGAAUACAAUCCUCCACACAUUAAACUCCGUGGUACUGAGCUUUCCGAAAGGAUUAUGAAUGGUCCAGCUCCAGCUCUAAAAGAGGAUAUAUGGAGUAAUAAAUUCCACAGAUUUAUUAAUAAAUGCCUUCAGAAGGAUCCAGCCAAAAGACCAUUCGCAAAGGAACUCCUAUUAAACCGAUUCAUCACAUAUAAUCGAGAUGAAGACGAGGUGCAAUAUAGCAUAGCAGAGCAUAUACAGAAAGGAGCAAAGAAAUAAGACAUUCAAGUUAAAGAUUCUCUCGCAACACCUCAUUAAGAAGACUUUGUCAAGACUUAGGAAGGAAAUGGAAGAACAAUAUAUAAAUCCCAAAAUGGAUUCUACCCUUGCAAGAUCUGAAAUGUGGCUCCUUCAUUAUAUUCCCAAAAGGGAAAGGAGGGAAAGGGUUGGGAACACAAUGUAGGAGCCACAGUCCAUCUACUUUGGAUACUUUACCAAAUGUUUAUUUUUAUAUAAUCUAUUUAAAUGUAUAUUUAUUUUUA